AUGUCAUUAGUAUCCGCCGCAUCCACCCCAUCAUGGGUGCCCUCCCCCGACUACCUAGGCAUCGUGGUGUCCCGCUACAAAGAGCCUCUGGACCCAUGGGCGGACGUGGCCUCCAACACAUACCUCUACGCCAAAUACGCCACGCCGCAGGAAAACGACAGCGUCUCGCACGAGGCCUUCCGCCUGUACGAGCAGCUCCCCAACACGGGCCGCGAGGGCCGCACCUACUGCCACCACAUCUACCACCACUACGACGAGCUGCAGCCGAUCGUGAUCUUCACGCAGGCCGACCCGUUCGACAUGAUCGGCCCGGAGACCAACACCACCGAGGCGAUGGUGCGCAAGGCGGUCGCGGAGCCAGACGACGACGACGACCCCGUCACCAUCUUCAACCACGGCCUGCUCCACGACCUGGCGGAAUGGGGCCCGGUGAACUGGUCGGCCCCGGCGGAGGGGUACUGGAUCAAGCCGAGCCAGCUAGAGACGCUCACGCUGGCGCCGUAUGACAUGGCGGAGUUCUGGCGGCGGUUGUUUGAGGAGGAGCAUCCGGCCGGGCAGGCUUCGGGGUGGUUGCAUGGGGGCGACGUUUGCAGUGCGGAGAAGAGGGCGAUCUGGCCAGCCAUGAGCGGGACUUUUAUGAGCGGUGUUUGGAGUUUGUUUGUAGUUGGUGUAGGGAUAUUUAUCUAA